AUGGCAAAGCGGACAGUGUCACCUCUGCUUCUGCUGUUAUAUGGAGCUUGUGUCACAGCCACACCACAAGUCUGCAGAAGGCUGAGCCAUCCAGUCCUGCCACUACUUUCUGAUGAAAGAGACAUCAACAUUGGGGUAGUUUUCUCACUCCACAGAAGUGUUGUGUUAAAGACACAUCCUUUCCUUUAUGAACCAGAACCAACCAAAUGCAUCAGCUUCAAUUUACGUGAGUUUAAAUUUGCUCAGACUCUGAUUUUUGCCAUAGAGGAGAUUAAUAACAGCACACAACUGUUACCUGGUGUCAUUUUGGGCUAUACAAUAUAUGAUUCCUGUGGCUCUGUAUCUCAGACUGUAUUAUCAAGCAUGGCUUUAAUGAAUGGCUAUGAAGAGACUUUGCAUGAGGAGUCCUGUUCUAAACCACCAUUUGUUUAUGCUAUUGUUGGAGAAUCAGGAUCUUCUCCCACUAUUGGUAUGGCCUCUUUAGUGGGACCAUUCAGCAUCCCUGUUGUCAGUCAUUUUGCCACAUGUGCAUGCCUGAAUGACAGAAAACGGUUCCCGACCUUCUACAGAACAAUACCCAGUGAUUAUUACCAAAGCAAAGCGCUGGCUCAGCUUGUCAAACACUUCGGCUGGACUUGGGUUGGAACUGUGAGGAGUCGCUCUGAUUAUGGCAACAGUGGAAAUGCAGCAUUUGAAAAGAUAGCAGAAAAAGAGGGGAUUUGUAUUGAAUACUCAGAGGCCAUAUUUAGAACUGAUUCAGAAGAGCAGUUCCUGAAGACACUGGAAGUUAUUAAAAAAGCCACAGCCAGGGUGGUGGUGGCUUUUAUCUCAUUUGGUGAUUUUGUUCCCCUUCUGAAAUUAAUUGCCCAACAAAACAUCACUGGGCUGCAGUGGGUUGGCAGUGAAUCCUGGAUCACUUCUCGAGUUAUAACCGACACAAAAGAAUUCAGUUUUCUCACAGGAGCUGUGGGCUUUGCUGUAGCAAACACCAAGCUUGACGGACUGCGAGAGUUUCUAGUGACUGUGCACCCUGAUCAAGCACCAAAAAAUGACCUUUUGAAGGAAUUUUGGGAAACUGUUUUUCAGUGCUCUCUCAGAAACACAGACAUUGGCAUACGUGUCUGUACUGGCUCAGAAAGCUUAACAGAACUACAAAAUGAAUAUACUGAUGUAUCAGAGCUGCGCAUAGCAAGUAAAGUGUACACUGCAGUGUAUGCUAUCGCUCAUGCACUACAUAAUCUAAUAAAUGACGUUAAAACUUCCACCAAUAUCAGCAAAGGAGAUCUUCUCACACCACAGAAGGUGUUGGAGUAUAUACGAGAUGUCAAUUUCACUGUCAAAACUGGUGAGAAAAUCUUUUUUGAUGCGAGUGGUGAUCCAGUGGCAAAAUAUGAUCUGGUGAACUGGCAGCCUGCUGAAGAUGGAAGUCUGCAGUUUAAACUUGUUGGUGUGUAUGACAGCUCACUGCCUUCAGAGAAACUCCUUCAGGUUGAUCAAGAAAUCAUGGUAUGGGCUGAAAAUAGCAGACAGGUGCCUGUGCCUGUGUGCAGUAAGAGUUGUCCUCCAGGCAAGAAGGCUGUACAGAAAGGAAGACCUGUCUGCUGUUAUGACUGUAUUCCAUGUGCAGAUGGAGAAAUUAGUAACAGCACAGAUUCUAGUGACUGCCUUCCUUGUGAUUUGGAGUAUUGGUCCAAUGAAAACAAAGACAGAUGUGUAUUAAAAGUUAUUGAAUUCCUUUCCUAUACAGAAAUCAUGGGGAUUGUUCUUUCUACUUGCUCAUUUUUUGGAGCAUUAUUUACAUCAAUUAUAUCGUUUCUGUUUUAUCUUCAUAAAGAAACACCUAUUGUGAGAGCCAACAACUCAGAGCUGAGCUUUCUGCUACUCUUCUCAUUGACUCUGUGUUUUCUCUGUUCAUUUACUUUCAUUGGUCGCCCCACUGAGUGGUCCUGUAUGUUACGUCACACAGCGUUUGGGAUCACUUUCGUCCUCUCUGUCUCCUGUGUUCUGGGUAAAACAAUAGUUGUGUUAAUGGCCUUUAAGGCCAAACUUCCAGGAAGUAAUGUCAUGAAAUGGUUUGGGCCUGUACAACAGAGACUCAGUGUUGUUUGUCUAACUUUAAUACAGGUUCUAAUUUGUGUGCUCUGGUUAACAAUAUCUCCUCCUUUCCCACAUAAAAACAUGAACUAUUACAGAGAAAAGAUCAUCCUAGAAUGUCAUGUAGGUUCUGAAGUUGGUUUCUGGGCUGUUCUUGGUUAUAUUGGUCUGUUAUCAAUCAUGUGUUUUGUUUUAGCUUUUCUGGCGCGGAAGCUGCCUGAUAACUUUAAUGAAGCUAAAUUCAUCACAUUCAGUAUGCUCAUAUUCUGUGCUGUGUGGAUCACAUUUAUACCAGCUUAUGUCAGUUCUCCUGGAAAAUAUACUGUAGCCAUGGAGAUAUUUGCAAUUUUAGCUUCAAGUUUUGGUUUGCUAUUUUGCAUUUUUGCCCCAAAAUGCUACAUAAUUUUGUUAAAACCGGAGCAAAAUACUAAGAAAAAUAUGAUGGGUAAACCCUUAUCCUAA